AGGGUCUCAUGAACCUCUUUUAGAGAUCUUUCUAGACCUCAGAAUUUUGAACUUAUAAAAUUUAAGAACAUGCCAAAUUCCUGCUAAAAAUCCCCACAAUCUCUUAUCAACAGCGCAGAAGUUCAUUGGGUUAAGCGACGUGGACGAUCCAGCUGAUUAGAGAUUAGUGAUAAAUUAAAUAACCUCAUGAUUUUUUGAUGUUUGGAGAGAAUUCUCUAUGGGGGCUCUGGUUCUUUUGAGAGGGAGAGAAAUUAUUUGCAUAAAAACAGAAGCAGCUAUAUAGAAAGCCUAUGUACGGACGUGAUAUAUGAAAAUACGCGGGAUUGUUUAUAUAGAGAGACACAUUGUAUAGAGAUACGAAAUGGGUAAAUCAGAAAGAGCAGUUGUGUUUGGUUUGUGAAGCUGUCAAGAGCGGGAACCGAAACGCGGACAAUGAAUAAAAUAUGUGGCAUGCUCUGUGCCCUGAGCGUGCUGCUCAUAUCUAACGCUUCUGGACAGACAGUGGAGCGUCCUGGAAAUGUCACCGAAGUGACCCCAACGCCGCCACCAUCCCCGGGAAAACUGCUGUUGGCCAUACACUAUGAAGCCCUGUGCCCGGACAGUAUGUACUUCAUCCGCCGAAGGUUGUACGAUGCCCUGAAUAGCUAUAACUGGUGGCCAUACACGGACCUUAAGCUGUAUCCCUUCGGCAAGGCUGGAUUCUACAACAAUACUGCCACCGGAGAAAUGCAGGUAUUUUGCCAGCAUGGCGAGGAGGAGUGCGAACUGAAUGCCCUCCACGCCUGUAUUAUUGAGACCUUCGAUACCCAGAAGGCCUUCAAGCUGAUAUACUGUAUGCUGCGAUCCUAUAGCAAUCAAUUAGACAAAUGCUCCAGCCAAUUAGGACUCGAUGUUAGCAAAGCCCGGGAAUGCAAGGCGUCUCGUAAAACCGCAGAUAUCUUGGCUCCCUAUGGAAAAGAAACUCUUAAACUGGGCAUCUCUUUUGUACCCAGCAUUGUUUUUGAAAAUGAUUUCAAUCCCUAUGAGCAGAGCAGCAUCCGCUACAACUUCGAGCGCUACUUCUGCAAAGAGUACUUGAAAAAGUUCAAAAUUAAACUGCCUACUUGUGACUAAUUUCUAUAAUGUCUGUAACAUGAUGAGUAAUACUUUUUAAUGUCCAAAAACCAAUAAAUAAUAAUUAUAUUCCACUGGUCAGCAUG